AUGUUGGGCGCGCGCCUGCACCGCGGUGGCCGUCGGGCUCCAGGAAACCGCUCCCAGGCGGCGCGCGCUGGCAGGUGGGGCUGCGGCCGCGGGCAGGCGCCGCUGGGCUCGCCGGUUCUCCUGGGCUCACUGGGUGGCCCCAGGAUCGCACGCGCGCUGCCAGCCCGGCCUGAGGAGGAGGGCCGGUCUGGUCUUGCGGCCCGCCCCGCUUUUCCUCGGAAGGGAGAUCGGGUGCUGGCAAGGGCACCCUCUAUCAGGGCAGUCGCCUGUCUCCAUUGCCGCCACAUACUAUGCAGAGGCAAGCCCUGGAGGCAGUCGGCCCUCUGUGGUCCCCUAAGGGUAACACAUUCAUCCUCGGUCAUCACCCUCCCCCAACCUGGACCAUGCUCUCCGCACCUCAUUGUCAGUUCCCGGUCCCUGUCUCUCUGGGCUGAUGACUUUGCUGCUUGCCACGGAGAGAAAAUUAAUCCAAGAGAUGACGCCUACCUCCCCAAGUCUCCGCGGGCCCCGGGGUGGCGGGGGGAAUCUGCUCUGCAAGUCUUCUCUACUCAAAUUUCGGUUUCUUCCACCCUGCAUCCCACCCUUGAUUAUAAAUAUGGCCAAGAGGUCAGGAGCGGCCUACAGCAGCUCCUCCUGCCUGGCGGCGUGGGCCCGGGCGAGCAGCCCUGCUUCUGGACGCUUUACCGAUUUGUUACAACUCAAGCAAGGGCCAGCAGAAAUUCUCUUUUGACAGAUGUAAUGGCUGCUUAUCAAAGAUUCUGUUCUCGACCCCCAAAAGGAUUUGAAAAAUACUUUCCUAAUGGAAAAAAUGGAAAAAAAGGUAGUGAACCGAAAGAAAUUAUGGGAGAGAAAAAAGAAUCAAAGCCAGCCGCUACCACACGCUCUUCUGGAGGAGGAAGUGGUGGUGGUGGAAAACGAGGUGGCAAGAAAGAUGCUUCUCACUGGUGGUCCAAGUUCCAGAAGGGUGACAUUCCAUGGGACGACAAGGAUUUCAGGAUGUUCUUCCCCUGGACUGCUCUGUUCUGGGGUGGAGUCAUGUUUUACUUGCUGCUCAAGAGAUCUGGGAGAGAAAUCACUUGGAAGGACUUUGUCAAUAACUAUCUUUCAAAAGGAGUAGUAGACAGACUGGAAGUCAACAAGCGUUUUGUUCGAGUGACCUUUACACCAGGAAAAACUCCUGUUGAUGGGCAAUACGUUUGGUUUAAUAUUGGCAGUGUGGACACCUUUGAAUGGAAUCUGGAAACUUUACAGCAGGAAUUGGGCAUAGAAGGAGAAAAUUGGGUACCUGUUGUCUACAUUGCUGAAAGUGAUGGCUCUUUUCUGCUGAGCCUGCUGCCUACGGUGCUCAUCAUCGCCUUCUUGCUCUACACCAUCAGAAGAGGGCCUGCUGGCAUUGGCCGGACAGGCCGAGGGAUGGGCGGACUCUUCAGUGUCGGAGAAACCACUGCCAAGGUCUUAAAGGAUGAAAUUGAUGUGAAGUUCAAAGAUGUGGCUGGCUGUGAGGAGGCCAAGCUAGAGAUCAUGGAAUUUGUGAAUUUCUUGAAAAACCCAAAGCAGUAUCAAGACCUAGGAGCAAAAAUCCCAAAGGAUGCCAUUCUCACUGGUCCUCCAGGCACUGGGAAGACGCUGCUAGCUAAGGCCACAGCCGGAGAAGCCAAUGUCCCCUUCAUCACCGUUAGUGGAUCCGAGUUUUUGGAGAUGUUCGUUGGUGUGGGCCCUGCUAGAGUCCGAGACUUAUUUGCCCUUGCUCGGAAGAAUGCCCCUUGCAUCCUCUUCAUCGAUGAAAUUGAUGCGGUGGGAAGGAAGACAGGAAAAGGCAACUUUGGAGGGCAGAGUGAGCAGGAGAAUACACUCAACCAGCUGCUGGUGGAGAUGGAUGGUUUUAAUACAACAACAAAUGUCGUCAUUUUGGCUGGCACCAAUCGACCAGAUAUCCUGGACCCUGCGCUGCUUAGGCCGGGGCGUUUCGACAGGCAGAUCUUUAUUGGACCACCAGACAUAAAAGGAAGAGCUUCUAUUUUCAAAGUUCAUCUCCGACCACUAAAACUGGACAGUACCCUGGAGAAGGAUAAAUUGGCAAGAAAACUGGCAUCUUUAACUCCAGGGUUUUCAGGUGCUGAUGUUGCUAAUGUCUGUAAUGAAGCUGCGUUGAUUGCUGCAAGGCAUCUGUCAGAUUCCAUAAAUCAGAAACACUUUGAACAGGCAAUUGAGCGAGUGAUUGGUGGUAAGAAAACUGAACAUAACUCAAGUGGAAAGGCUGAUAAAAUGAAUUUGAGGCCAGGGAUUUCUCUGUUUGGGCAAGAACUAGAAGCAAAGAAAGUGCAUCCACUCAGCCCUGGGGCUCACCAUACUUGUGCUCUCUUGAUGUCAUGGCCCCUCCCAUGCCUCCCCUCCCUCUCCUCCUUCUUCCCCCCACCGUCCCCUGCCACCUGCCCUCUGCAUGGAGGUCUAUGGUGCUGGUUUCCUAAAAAGUCCUCUUACACUCAUAGAACUGCUCUACAUUUGGCCUGUGCCAGUGGCCAUGUGAAAGUGGUCACUCUCCUUGUUAGCAGAAAAUGCCAGAUUGAUAUCUGUGACAAAGAACACAGAACGCCUUUGAUACAGGCUGUCCAUUGCCAGGAAGAGGCUUGUGCCGUUAUUCUGCUGGAAUAUGGCGCCAAUCCAAACCAUAAGGAUAUCUACGGCAACACUGCUCUCCAUUAUGCUGUGUAUAGCGAGAGCACCUCGCUGGCAGAAAAACUGCUUUUCCAUGGUGCAAAUAUUGAAGCACUGGACAAGGUAUAG